UUUUGAACUUUUUCUUUUUGACAAUCCAUCCAUACAUAAUACACCACCACUACUGCGAAACGAAACAAUAAUCCCGAGAGAGAGAGAGAGAGAGAGACGAGGAAGGAAGGAUGAAGAUGAAGAAGAAGGAAGAAGGAAGUAUGAAGUUUAGAGUAGAGAAGAAGAUGAGUCUGGAAGAAUACGUUGAUUUCUUCUCCGCUGAUACUGGCACGUCCGUCGACGACUUCACCAUCUCUUACCUCAAUCAGAUCAUUCAUAUGCACGGUUUCCGAAAGCUCCACCAAGCUCAUAAGAAAAUUCUAGGCGAAAUCGUGGAUUCACUAGAUCUAAUAGAUCCCUCUCGCUCGACUCUGAAUUCAGUCUCGUCGUCGUCGUCGUCUUCCCUAACUCUCGACGAAGUCAUAACCGACAUCGAAGCUUUGAAAUGGCAGGAAUGCUGUUUCACCUCCCUCCAGAUCAUCAAUUCCGAGUCGCCAGUUCCCAAACCUUAUCAGACCAAAUCCAACAAGAGAAAGAAACCCUCUAUGACCACCAAGAAACCUGCUGCUCAUGACAAGAAACUGAAGAAUCUCACCACAACAACAACAACAACAGCAAUGAUCUCAUCAUUCCCCAGAAAGGUUCGAACCAGAAAGACUAUGAAGAGCAUCACCUCUGUCAACGAAGCUGCUUCUGCACCUAAACCACUCUCUCACUACUACAACACUUUCCCUUCCAGGUUUACUACUACUACUACUACUAUUCCUUAAAUCUUAUUACACCUUCCUAAUUCCAAACAAACAAAACUGUGUGUUUCCUAAAUUUUAGUGUUCUUCUUCUACUAUAUAGAUUGGGUUUGUGAAA